UCUCCUACCACCUUCUACCACCCUUUUCCUUCUUCUCUUUUUUUGCUACAUCGUAAUAGAGGUUUAGAUCUGGGAGAUCGCCUUGUUUUGCACUUUAUCAACUUCUCCCUUAAGGUCUCUCUUUACUCCUUUCUUUCGUCGUCUUCUCGGACACUGUUACUUCCUGUCUUAUUUGGUCUCUUGUGUAUUGCCACUCAAUAGACACAACGGGAUUUUUUCAUCUGACGUCCUCAUUCCUUUCAUCUUCUAUACAGAACAGAAAAGGAAUCUUUUCUCGGACGCGAUCCUGGACAGCAGACUGUAAUUGCUGUACAUCUUGAAUCCUUCGCAAAAAAAAAGCACAGAUUUUUUCUCUUGUACGUCUGACAUCCGCUACGCUUUGCGCCGCACCUACGAAACAAAUUCACUGACGGAUCUCCAUCUGUCUCUUCCAGUCCGUGAAUUUCCGCAAAUAUGGCCGACGGUUUGAAGAUGGGAAACCUUUCCCUCAACGAGUCUCAGCACGCCCCUGCUGCUCCCGCCAACACGGGUCGCGCUGCCUACAUCCCUCCUCACCUUCGUGGACGCCAGAUGGCUGGUGCCAACAUGGACGGUGCUCCCGCUCCCGCUGCCGCUCCCCCUGCCCCUGCUGCCAACAACUCCUGGGGUAACAGAGGAGGCCCUCGUGGUGGCAACUGGGCUAAUGCUAACGCUCCUGAUUUCAGCCCUCGCGGUCCCUCCAAUGGUAACCCUAACUGGACACCCCAAGACGGUCAACGCCGGCCCUUUAACCCAGAUGCUUACGGAAACCCAGGUCACGGAGGCUCCUAUGGCGGUGGUAGCUCCGGUGGCUCCGGUGGCUCUGCCCGCGGAUCCGGAGAUGGCCAGUGGCGCGACGGCAAGCACAUCCCCGGCCCUGCCAAUCCCCGCUUGGAACGUGAAUUGUUCGGAGUCCCCAACGAUCCCACCAAGCAGAACACUGGUAUCAACUUCGCCAACUACGAUGAUAUCCCCGUGGAGGCUUCCGGUCACGACGUUCCCGAGCCGGUCAACACCUUCACCAACCCUCCUUUGGAUGAUCACCUGAUUGCCAACAUCAAGCUGGCUUACUACCAGACCCCCACGCCCGUCCAGAAGUACUCCAUCCCCAUUGUCAUGAACGGCCGUGAUUUGAUGGCUUGUGCUCAGACUGGUUCCGGAAAGACUGGUGGUUUCCUGUUCCCUAUCCUGUCCCAGGCUUUCCAGCACGGUCCCUCGGCGGCCCCCGCCCAGGCGUCCGGUCAAUUCAGCUACGGCCGUCAGCGUAAGGCUUACCCCACCUCCCUCAUUCUGGCUCCUACCCGUGAGCUUGUCUCCCAGAUCUUCGAUGAAGCCCGCAAAUUCGCCUACCGCUCUUGGGUUCGCCCUUGCGUUGUCUACGGUGGUGCCGAUAUUGGUUCUCAGCUCCGUCAGAUCGAGCGUGGCUGUGAUCUUCUUGUCGCCACUCCUGGUCGUCUGGUUGAUCUGAUUGAGCGUGGUCGUAUCUCUCUGGUCAACAUCAAGUACCUCAUUCUUGACGAGGCCGAUCGCAUGUUGGACAUGGGUUUCGAGCCCCAGAUUCGCCGUAUCGUCGAAGGCGAGGAUAUGCCCCACGUCAACGACCGUCAGACUCUGAUGUUUUCUGCCACCUUCCCUCGCGACAUCCAGAUGCUGGCCCGUGAUUUCUUGAAGGACUACGUCUUCUUGUCUGUUGGUCGUGUUGGUUCCACCUCGGAGAACAUCACCCAGAAGGUUGAAUAUGUCGAGGACCACGACAAGCGCUCCGUCCUGCUCGACAUCCUCCACACCCACGGUACCACCGGUCUCACCCUGAUCUUCGUCGAGACCAAGCGUAUGGCCGACUCUCUGUCCGACUUCCUGCUCAACCAGCGCUUCCCUGCGACCGCCAUUCACGGUGACCGCACCCAGCGUGAGCGUGAGCGUGCCCUGGAGAUGUUCCGUUCCGGCCGCUGCCCCAUCCUGGUUGCUACCGCUGUUGCUGCUCGUGGUCUCGAUAUCCCCAACGUCACGCACGUCAUCAACUACGACCUGCCCACCGAUAUUGACGACUAUGUUCACCGUAUCGGUCGUACUGGUCGUGCUGGUAACACCGGUAUUGCCACUGCUUUCUUCAACCGCGGCAACCGUGGUGUCGUCCGUGACUUGAUCGACCUUCUCAAGGAAGCCCACCAAGAGGUCCCCUCCUUCCUGGAGAGCAUUGCUCGUGAAGGCAGCGGAUACGGUAGUCGUGGCGGUCGCGGUGGCCGUGGCCGUGGUGCUAACGCUACCCGUGAUAUGCGUCGCAUGGGCGGCGGCAUGGGCAGUGGAGGCGCCUCCUUCGGCGGAAGCGGUGGUAGCUACGGUGGUCCUAGCGGUGGCUAUGGCGGUGGCGGCUUCGGCGGUCCUCCCUCCUACGGCGGUGGUGCUGGCGGUGGCGGCUACGGCGGCUACAGCGGCGGCGGCGGCGGUGGUGGUGGUAGCUACGGAAACCCUUCGGGCCCUACUGGACCUUCUUCCUGGUGGUAAACCCGAAGUUGUGUUCUCUGACGAGGCCGUCGGGUCUGAUUGGCUCCUUUCAUCUUCUCUUUUACCUCUCCUUGUUGCGGAUACGAUCAGAACGAGCCCCGAGUCUUCUACCCUUCCUCCUCCCCCUCGAUCUUGCUCUCGGGCCGGCUUUGUCAUGACUGCCACGACUUCCAUCUAGACUUCGUUUGUUCUCUUACAUGUGUUUCUGUCUGAUGUCCUUUUCCCGUUCUAUGUGCCGGUGUUUUCGUUUAUUUCUUUGUCUUUUUUUUUUCAUUUGCCGCUGAGCAUUCUGUUAUUUUCCUUGUUUUUAGACAUGGGUUUUCGAUGCGGUCCGAUCUCCUCCUCUCGCUGCUCCUGGUUAUGACCUUUUCCUAAUCGAGAGCAUUUGGGUCGGGCAUGG